UUAAUAAGUUAAAUUGUUUCGACUUUAUUUACAGAUACCCUACUGACACUGACAAGCAAAUGUUGGCUAAACAAACUGGCCUAACAAGAAACCAGGUGUCAAAUUGGUUUAUUAAUGCCAGAGUACGACUCUGGAAGCCAAUGGUUGAAGAAAUACACUCUCUUGAGAUGCGACAACAAAAUAAAGCUGGAGCUAGCGAUGCAAACCAUAACACCGACAAGCAACCUCAACUCCCAUCAUCUUCAACCGCAACCUCAUCCAACGAUACUUCCUUCUUUCACAAUCAAAAUCAAUCCUCUAAACGACCUCACGAUGAGCUUUCUCAAGUGUCUCACCACAUUCAAGAGCCUAAUUACAACUUUGUUUUUGAUGGUUUCCAUGGCCAUCAUAAUAUUGAAGUCGGAGGAGGUGUUGGAGUCAAAGAAAACGGUGAUGUCUCCCUCACUCUUGGACUCCACCAAAAUAACGGCAUUUGCUUGGCGGACCCAAUUCCAUUGAACGUUGUUCAUGGUUUUGGGCUUGGACUUGAGGAGUGCAAUGACCCUUAUGUGAUUGGUUCUUUCGGAGGGCAGGAUCGUCAAUUUGGGAAGGACAUUGGCGGGCGUUUGCUUCAUGAUUUUGUUGGAUGAAGAAUUACAAUAGCUUAGCAAAUUGUGGAUGUGUUCACAGUAUCAUGAUGGUGCAUCAUCGGGAGAUAGCACUAUUGAAGGCAUAAGAGCACCGUUUGCCUCCCUUUGAACUGGGAGUCACAGGUACGCACGCUGCUAGCAGAUCUAUAUAUGGAAUUAGUUCAUUGUAAUGAAUGGCACCAGUUGCAUUUUCUGUAUAUUUUGAUGUUGAGAAUGAUACAAUAUAUAUAUAUAUAUAUAUAUAUAUAUGC